AUGACACGAUGCUGGGAUAAAGAUCCGAAUGAGCGCCCGAAUUUCACGCAGUGUAUUCAUCAAUUGAAAGAACAUCUUCGGCUCGCAUCUCCUCAGUUACUGGAGCGUGUAGAAUUGGACCUUGGCGAAGAAUGUAAGCGUCAAGAUGCUCUAGCCCAAUGGCUGACACCGGAGCCAGACCCACGAGAAGGCAUAAACGGUUUUGGCACUGUAAGUCCGUCCUCACCAAAGCAUACUGAACGCAUUUAUAUCAGUGAAUUUCCUCGGUAG